GGAACUUCUCCGCUCUUCUUCGUUCCUCUCUCGCCUCAAGCUAGCAGCUGUCUAUUUUACAUCAUGCCUGGGGCUAAACUUGCCCAGAGUCCAGAGGAAAAGGAUGUCUACAUUACUGAGGCCCUUAUUACUGAGCGGAACUUGACCUACCCUGAGGAUGAAGAUCUGUCAGAGAAGAUGUUUCACACCCUUGCUGAGCUGCAGAUUGUCCGCCUGGACCGGGAGGGGAUUACCACUAUCAAGAACUUAGAGAGUCUCCAGAAUCUUCACAGUCUUUAUCUACAAGCGAAUAAGAUCCAGCGAAUUGAGAACCUGGCUUGCAUCCCCUCCUUGCGUUUCCUGUCUCUAGCAGGAAACAGAAUCAGGCACGUGGAAAACCUCCUCRACCUCCCAUACCUCCAGUUUCUGGACCUCUCUGAGAACCUGAUAGAAACGCUGAAGCCGGAUGAGCUCCCCCAGAGCCUCCUCAUCCUCAACCUGACUGGCAACAGCUGCACCAAGCAAAAGUGCUACAGGGAGAUGGUGCUAGGAGCCCUACCACUGCUCCUGGACCUGGAUGGGCAGCCUGUGUCGGAGCGCUGGGCCUCAGAUGAGGAGGACAAAGCCUCUGAUGGUGACGAUGAGUUCCCGGAGCUGAGUGGCCCAUUCUGUUCAGAGCGAGGCUUCCUCAAGGAGCUGGAGCAGCUGAGCAGACACCAGGAGCGCAGGCAGCAGGAGGCCCUGACAGAGCACCUUCUGAGGAUGGAGAUCCAACCCACCCUUACUGAGCUGCCCCUGCAGCACGGGGUACCCGAGGCUGGGGAGAGCAGCCCUUCUGUCACUCCAGAGCAAGGGAAGGAGUCACCCCCUGAGGCUGCCUCUUCACUCCAAGCCUCAUCUCCCACCAAGAAACCRUGCACUCUGGUUCCCAGGGCCCAGCCAAGCUCUGUCCAGGCAAGGAAGGGGGCCCCAGCAGCAGCAGCCCCCAAAGCCUCUCUGGUUGGGUCCCUUAGCACAACCAAAACUGCAGCCAAAAAUACCAAGAAGUGA